AUGCACAUUUUUCUCUAUAAAAAUUGUGCUACACCUUGCUCUGCUAGUGUGAGGGAGAAGAGUGUCUGGACUACAUCGAUGCGACGUGCACAUAAUUCUUUGACUAGGUCUGCCGAUUUCGGAGCUAUGUUCCUUCCUAAACAAGAGGUAGCAGACUUAAGAAAGCAGGUGGAGACACUGAAACAACAACAACAGCUUGAUGGUCGUCAACUUUCUAGCCUAAACCUUAACACUCAAAAUCAUAACAAUGUUCAAGAUGAGAAUAUCCAAGAGAUAUUGAACAUGAAACCACCAUCAGUAUCUGCACGCCAUUCAGUAUUUUUCAAUGAAGUCCAGAACACCUAUUCAGCUAUUCUAAAUCAUCGCCCUUACAAGUGCUUGGGACCACCUGUAUUUUUUUACAAUAAGGUAUUCAAUAAGUUCGUUACUGACUUUAGAAACGAAGAUUUGCCUAUUUCAAAAGAGGUAUUGAAAAUGGUUGAUCCUCUUAUUCAAGAUAUGUCAAAAGGUUAUGAUACUGAGGAUGAUCGUCUUGAUUGUUUUGAAAAACAUCUGAGAAAGAUUAUUUGGCCUAUAGAGAAAAUCAGUAAUAAAGACAAAACUUGUAGCGAUGGUGUUGUAACGGAACCUGUUGAAUCGUUUCACGAAUCUGCAUUAUUAUUUCUGCUUGAAAUAAAAAAUGAGAUCGGAACUGGACUUUGUGAUCCUACAAUACAAGGAUCAUUGUCGUAUGUUCGGCGUUGGGCCCAAGAAAAGUUUAGGUUUUUUCGCAAUUGUCCAUCGAUAAUAAUUGCUCUGGCUGGCCCGUGGAUAUGCAUUUUGGGCUCGGUCUAUCUUGAAAAAGGAAUAAUCGAUCCUCUCACUACUUCAUACCUCUGGUACCAUUUCAUCAUUAUAGUUAUCACCAGUGAUGUGCACUUGGAAGAUUGGAAGCACUCUUGGAAGCACUCUUGGAAGGGUUGGAAGCAUAAUACUCUAAUAAAUUCAUUUGGAUUGGAAGCUUCCAAUCAAAUUUUAUACAUUGGAAGCAUAAAAUGCACAUCACUGGUUAUCACAGAAGGAUAA